AUGGAUCCCUAGUUAGAUUCGACGCCACAUUUUUCGCUGCUGGAGGUUUCUGGUUCGAAAUUCUCCGUCUUCAAUCCAUCCAUCCAUCCAAUGAAACGUCUAGUGAUCUGUCUCUCUGUGAUAUUCUCUGCUAUCUCCGGCGGCCUAUCCAGAUCAGAAACCCCCGAACCUUCUCUCUCUGGUCGAAUUGUUGAAGGACCUAAGGUCAUCGGUCAGCCCUCCUCCGAACCUUCUCUCUCUGGUCGAAUUGGUGAAGGACCUAAGGUCAUCGGUCAGCCGCCAACCAAUUCUCUCUCGCCCGUCGCAUCAUCCACACCAAACACAGCAUUAAUUGCUGCACAAGAUGGGGUGAUCUACUUAGUGGAAGUAAAUUCAGGAAAUAUUCUCUGGUCAUUUAAAUCAGGUCCUCCAAUCUAUGCUUCAUCUCAGGCUCUUAAUAACUAUGACAAUGAUGAGGGAGAUAAUUAUAAUGCCUCUGAACCUAUUGAGUUCUUUAUGGACUAUGGGGAGGAUGGGAAUCUUUAUAUGCAGGGCCCUAACGAUGAGAAAAUGAAAAUUUCAUUGACUGAAGAAUUUAUCAGUAGCACUCCAUUCGUAACAGAUGGCGGUGUAGUAGUGGGAUCGAAAAAUACAACUGUGUUCCUUAUAGACCCGAAGACUGGAAAAGUUAUCUAUGGGUUUAAUUCAGGUGAACAUCCAUCAGAAAAUACUUUAAAUGCUGAAGAGAAUCCAAUUGUGUUGAAGGAAGACUUCAAAGAAUUGCUCGAGUCUCGUACUCUAGAUUUCAAGCACAAAGAUCAGUCCCUCUAUAUCUUGAGGAAAGACUAUACAUUGAAAUACUUCUCGAAAAAGACAGGUAAAAACCUAUGGUAUUUAACGUUUUCAGAUAUCGAGGCAUCAUUACAGUGUCAAGACAUUAGUCCUGAGGACGACGUAAAAGACUGUCCUAAGUGGCCAUUCAACUACGCAAGUAGUCCAGUUGUCCACAAAAUUCGUGAUAACAAUUUGCUAGAAUCACUUCUUAUGCGCAAUGGCCUCCCUAUAUUGCCUCUUCCCGCACCUGAUGCAAUGCCUGGUUUCAAAACUGACAUACUCGCUUUGCCCCCUUCGGAAGUGCAGUCUGGAGUCUUAGCUUUGCCUGCAGAUGAUUCUAGCAAAAUCAGGUCUACUAAAGCUGGUUCAAAAUUUCCGAGUGGAUCUCUUAUUUGGGCUUUCCUCGUGUUUGCAGCUACUGUUGCAUUCUCUAUAUACUCUAUUCCUCUUAUGUUUAUGUUUGGGAAAUUAGGUAAAGGAAAAACUGAACAAAAUGUAAAGGCUGUGACAGUGAAAAAGAAGAAAACUAGAAGAUCAGGGACAAAAAAUAGUCUAAUAACUCAGAAGAUUGAUGAAGAAGGUAUAGAUAGCCAUAGAGUUGGUAAAUUGUUGAUCUCUAAUAAAGAAAUUGCUAAGGGAAGUAAUGGUACUGUUAUACUUGAGGGGAUGCAUGAUGGCCGUCCAGUGGCUAUUAAGCGACUUGUGCAAAGUCAUCAUGAAGUAGCUUUGAAAGAAAUCCAGAAUCUUAUUGCGUCUGAUUGUCAUCCCAAUAUUGUUCGAUGGUUUGGAGUUGAGCAUGACCAAUAUUUUAUUUACCUGUCUCUAGAACGAUGCACUUGUAACUUAGGUGAAUUGAUAUGUUUAUGCUAUGCCUCUUUUCAAAAUCAAGCUCCUAGAGAGGAUCAAGAACAAAGAAUGAAGCAAUUUCAAGAUAUUGAACUGUGGAAACCAAAUGGUCAACCUUCAGCUCAGUUGUUAAAACUGUUAAGGGAUAUAGUUUCCGGGCUUGCUCAUUUGCACGAACUUGGUAUAGUUCAUCGGGAUCUAAAGCCUCAAAAUAUCCUCAUAGUCAAUGAAAGAUCAAUAAGUGCCAAGAUUUCCGAUAUGGGAAUUAGCAAAUGCCUUUCUGAGAAUAUGUCAUCUUUAACUCAAAGUAGCACGGGUUAUGGAAGUUCAGGCUGGCAAGCACCUGAACAACUUAAUCGUGGACGACAGACCCGAGCCAUAGAUUUAUUCAGUUUAGGAUGUGUAUUAUUUUUCUGUCUAACAGGAGGUAAACACCCGUUCGGUGACAUUCUUGAGCGCGAUGUUAACAUUGUGAAUGGACGUAAAGACCUCUUUAUAUUGGAAAGUAACCCAGAGGCUACAGAUCUCAUUGAUCAUCUUGUAGACUCCAACCCUGAUUUAAGGCCAAAAGCCAUGGAAGUGCUGCAUCAUCCAUUCUUCUGGGAUUCCGAAAUGCGACUAUCAUUUCUACGAGAUGCUAGUGAUCGGGUAGAGCUGGAGAACAGGGAAUUCGAAUCAGAAGUUCUGAGCGCAUUGGAGAGCACCUCAACAAUCGCUUUCGGCGGGUUAAAGUGGGAUGAAAGGAUCGAUGGAGCGAUAAUCAACGACUUAGGAAGAUACAGAAAAUACAAAUUUGACAGCGUGAGAGACUUGCUUAGGGUUAUAAGGAACAAACUAAAUCAUUACAGGGAACUGUCUGCUGAAGUUAAGGGAGUUUUAGGGCCGAUUCCUGAUGGUUUUAAUAACUAUUUCUCAGCCCGGUUUCCAAAUCUUCUAAUGGAAGUGUAUAAAGUUCUUUGUAGGUAUUGCAGAGAAGAAGUAUCGUUACAAAAGUAUUUCUGAACCACUCUUUAGAUCGAGUGAGAACUAACUUCCUCCCUUUUGCUUGUAAACUGUUAUGUAUAUUAAAAUGAUUUCAGCAAACAAGUAUCAUAAAAGUGUUUCAGAAUCCUUUAGAUUUGAUUAAAAAAUCUUUAUAUUUAAUUUGUA